UCUCUCUCUCUGUGUCGACCCUUUUGUAUAUAUGUGUGUAUGCAUGUGCACUUGCACGUUUUGUAUGUGUGAUUGUAUGUAUAGGAUGCGUAUUGGAUCAGGAUAGAUCUGAAUGGGAAAUGAUAAGACCCAGGAAGUUUUGGAAAUUUGGAUGCGUUAAAAAUCCUUUGAAGUUUGAGAAGGUGGUGAAAUGGAAGACUGUUACUCUAUUGUGAGGAGAUGGGAGGACCUGCACACUGAUAUUUUGGUGAAGAUUUUCCAGUCUUUUGACAUAUUUGAGUUAACUAAGGGCAUUGCUCAUGUCUGUAGCGCAUGGCGUAUGGCUUGCUGUGAUCCUCUGCUUUGGAAAACACUUGAUUUAUCAAUGUUGAAAUCUGAUUUCAUAAUGAUCCAAUUAGAGCCAUAUGUUUAUGUUAAUAGCCGAUCUGAUAAGACAUUGACUCGUCUGUUGAAGAUUUCUUUGAGUCUCAGCAGGGGAAACAUAACAAGCUUGAUUUUCCAUUUCAACCUAUACGUGAACGAUGAGCAGUUGACUUAUACUGCCGAAAGGUGCCCACGGCUCAGAAGACUUGUCCUGCCGGCUUGGAACAGAAUAAAAAAGACUGGAAUAUGCAAGGCCAUUCGCGCAUGGAAAGAUCUUGAGUCCCUGACAAUGCCUAACAUAGCAGAUCCUCCAUACCUUAUGGAGGAAAUUUCCAAGAACUGCAAGAACUUUAGUAAACUGAAGAUUAUGGGCCCUUGUAACAAUUCUUUUGCUUGUACACUAGCUACACAUCUUCCAAAAUUAAAGGUCCUAAGUCUCCGAUGCUCAAUUAUAGAAAAGGAUGCUCUGAUCAUUAUCCUGGAUAGUUUACUACACCUAGAAGUGCUUAACAUAUCGCACUGCCUUUUGAUAGAAGUCCGUCUGCGUCCUGCACCUAAAAGAGUUGUUGGAGAAAUUGAUCAAUCUAUUCGUGAAAAGGCUUCUCGGUUGCGCGAAUUUAUAACAUGCACUAAAGACUCAUGCAUUAUGUGCCAGCGAACCAAAAAUGAUGAUGGGCAGAUUAGGUGGUACAGGUAUGAGGAAGGGCUUUGGAAAACAGAUGAGAUAUCAGAUGUGGAUGAGAAAGUAAAAUUGGUUGUUUUUUUUUUAUAUCUACAGCAAAUCGACAUGUUUGGAAAUGAGCUUUAGACUGUGCUGAGAGCUCGAUUUUUUUGACUGUAUAUGUAUUUGUUCUUUGAGAUUGUUGUUGUAGGACAUCUUUUUACAUCUUGUUAAACGCUUUUCCUACUAUGGCAUAAUCUCUGGCCUUAUUUGUUUUGUAUACACUUCAUUUCCAUAUUUGUAUUGAAGCAUAACCA